GUGCUUCGUGGCAUUUCGUUGGGUGUGGUGAGAGAGAAAAAGAAGAGAAGGAAGAUAUAAAGGUUUUCUUUAUCAACAAGAGAACAGAACAGCAUUCAGAAAGCAAGAAAGCAUAGAGGACAGUGAGUAUGAGGGAGAUCCAAGAUAGCAAGAGAGAAGGGCGGGUGGGGAUUUCUUUGAAGAAAUUGUGGUGGCUGGAUCACUUUGCCUUUGUUUCUUAAGCAGAAGGCUUUAAAAAGAAUACGAAGAGAAAAGAGCAUUUAGUUCAGAUCAUUUUCGGUGCCCUUUUUGCUUUCUCUUGCACUCUCCUUCAACUCGUCCUCUUCAAUUGAGAGUUGUAUUGCAAAGAAGAAGAAGAAAUUGUCCUUUCUCAACUGGAGAUGGAACGAAUUCAGGGAUCAGAGGAGAUAUUAAAACCAUGGAAGCAAAGGUUCACGCUUUAGAGGAACUUUCAAAGCAGCUACUUUUGGAAAUAUAUGAGCUUUGCCAAGCUAAGAUUUAUUUCUAGUAUAUGCUCUUUGACUCUAGGAAAUCCACUUCAUUCUCAUUUUUUUACUAGCUCAUGGAUAAGAUAUUUUUUAUUUAGUAUGUGGGAUAAUGAUGGGCUGGAGUUAGAAAGAUCAUCAGGACAAUACAUUAAAAGACAUGCUGAUGUCUAACAGGUCAAGCGGUGGCUUUUAGAUAUCUUGAUUGAGGUAUUUGAAUGAGGGUGUUCUGUUUCUUUGAUGUUUUUUCAGCCUGAUUUUGGAGAUAGGAAAAAAGAGUGCAUUACGUUCAGAGAAAGGAGUUUGGUCACUUGAAGAGGGAGAUUUUUUACGUGUCUUGAUGCAAGGGUUUUAUAUGAUUUGGUGGACGUGAUAAUUAUUUCCAUUUUUUUCUUAAAAACAGAAAAAAGAAAUACUCUAUAAUGUUUUGUUUCUCCUCAUUCUGAUCAACCAGCUUUUAUAUCUUCUGCUUUCUUAACUUUGCAGGAAGCAGCUGCUUUUUCUCAAACUUGGAGGGGUCGCAUGCAAAAUUUACUUGGCUUUGCAUGCUCUGUCUAUUGUGUGUACAAAAUGAUCAAAUCUCUGCAGAGAGUUAUUUUCAAGGAGGCUGGUUCAGUUGAUCCUGUGACAAGGACUAGCAGCAUAUUUUUACAGUUCUUUGAUAUAGGAAUUAAUGCAGCAUUAUUAUCACAGUGCUUCUUUGCAGUUUCCAGAGUUGGGAGUGGAUCUUCAAGCAAUGCUGUACUUUUCCUUUCUGAAAUCAUGGGAAUGUACUUUAUCUCUUCUAUACUACUGAUAGUGAAAGGCUUAGCAACUGAGUACAGGAAGCAUACUUGUGAGAUGAUUACUACAAUCCAAAACUAGGAUUCACUCCAGCUUUAUCAUGAGCACAUUAGCUUUCAGUAUCUCAUGUAUUCCUGAGGAUUGCAAAAAUGACCUAAGCUAAAACAAAUUUGAGGAACAGAGGUGAGCUCUGUUUUGAAGUUUGUUU